GCGUCCUCCUCUAUCCUAUCUCUCUCCAUUCCAAUUCCAUUCCAUUCCAUCCAUCUGACGUGGGUCUCGUGCCGAUGCAAGUUUUGUCGACGUGCGCGGGAACGAUGUGGGUGCCGGAUGCCACCAGCCGCCCAACCCUCUUUUGCCCACUUUACAAACGUUGUUGCUGCUGCUGCUGCGGCGGCUUCGGCCGUCCGCAGUCAAUACCUUACUUACCAUACCUGCUAGCUACUCAGCACUCAGUCAGCGGUAUUAAUGUCGCUGCGAACUUGGCAGCUGGCAGGCACCGGCUACACCUCAUUAGGCAAACACACUCCCCAGCAGCACCUCAAACAAUACAGAGAUGCAGCCAGCCCAAGUAGGUAAUACCGAUCCUCCGGCUCGAUUACGUACGUGGCUGUAAUUUUGACCCAUGUCGGAUACAGCAUCCACCCACCCAUCAGAUCCAUCUC